AUGGACUUAGGCAUCGCAGGAUUUGGGACAGCAACGACGGUUAUGGGCUCUCAGGUGUCUACUGGCGACUCUAGCAAGGGUAUCAGGGCAUCUUUCACAUUCUUCGGCUUGAACACUACCGCAAGCACUCUGGUUUCUACUCUGGAACCAGUGAAAGCACGCGUAUUGGGAAAUGAAACAAGCCAGGGCCUGUCCGUAACCAUCUCAACCCCGACGGUAUUCGAUUCAUACAUGGCUUUCGUCGACAGCCUCAACAAUCCAUCGGAGCCGGUGGCACAAAUCAGUUUGAUCUCCAGUCGUCUCCUCGGCCGCAAGGAGCUGACAGAUAUUCCUCUUGACACACUGCGCUCUCAUCUACAGAGCAUUACCACCUCGCAGGUACAAGGAAGCGCUUCCUCCCUCAUCUUUGGGCUCCAAGGGGGCCCUGGGACGAACCAGGUUGAGGAAAAGAUGCGUGGAGCUGUGACGCCAGCUUGGAGAGCAGCGUACAUCCACCUCAUCAGCACUGGGGCGUACGUCAAUAUUACAGACUCCACACCCCAAGAUGCUUUGGCGACCGCAGCUGCAUGGACUGAAGAGAACAAGGAGGCUGUCUGGCGUAAGUGGGCACCUGGAUCUGGCUCAUACUUCAACGAAGCCAAUCCUUUCAACACCAACUUUAAGGAGGACUUUUUCGGUGGGAAUUACGAUCGUCUAUUUGAUGUCAAGCAGAAGUACGACCCUACUGCUAGCAUGUUCGUUCUUUCAGGCCCUGGAAGCCACAUGUGGGACUACAAUCUGGACACUGGCAGAUUGUGUCGCAUGUCGUAA